AUGCCAGAGGCAGAUACAGUAUUUCGUGCACGUUCCGAGGGUGUUUCGGCUGAAGGAGUCCGGGACCAAUAUGCCGAUGGGAAAGCUGCAAAGGUCUGGGAGGUUUUCAUUGGUGAUAAGAAAUCCAGGACUGACAAUUACAAAAAUUUCUUGGUGGAUUUACUGAAGAAGAAAGGAUGCAAAAGGAUUCUAGAUGUAGCAUGCGGAACGGGUGUCGACUCCAUUAUGUUGAUAGAAGAAGGCUUCGAAGUUGUAUCAGUUGACGCUUCUGACAAAAUGUUGAAAUAUGCUAUUAAGGAACGGUGGAACCGCAGAAAGGAGCCAGCAUUCGACAAAUGGAUUAUUGAAGAAGCAAACUGGCUUACUCUAUACGAUGACGUCAAACCAUAUUUAAAUGAGGGUUUUGAUGCAGUAGUUUGUCUAGGAAACUCAUUCCCCCAUUUACUUGAUGCCUUUGGAGACCAACGAGAACACAAAUUGGCAAUUCGUAACUUCCGCAGAUGCACCAAGCCAGGAGGAUUGUUUCUGAUCGAUCACAGAAAUUACGACAACAUUCUGGCCAAUGGAAAGAUGUCAAUGAAGAAUGUGUACUACAAUGCCAAACACACGGUAGACAUCAAAUCCUCAGUACUCUAUGUUAGUGGGAAACCUCGAAUGGUUACUCGGGACUACGUAUUAGAAUUGAAUGGAGAAACCAAUGAAUUCCGACUAUCCUACUACCCACAUUUGCUGCAAGUCUUCACAGCCCUUCUAGAUGAAGUAUUCGAAAAUAACGGCAAAAAUCACAUCAUAUACGGGGACUUCAAACCCUUGGACGAAAGUAACGAUAAUCCUUCGUACUAUGUCCACAUCAUGGAAAAUAAAUGAAACAAAAAUAUUUAAUUUAUUAAUAAAUAUAAUAAGAAAACUAUUU